AACAAUUUUUAAUAGGUUGUCAAGUUUUCAAUGUGAGCUGCUUAAAGAAGAUAACUUCAAUAAGACACGACGGUGCAACUGAAUUAUAUCUAAAGAUAACAUGGGAGUUUCUUUUGUGUUACAUUGGUAUCCUCCCUCGACUCAGACAUCAAGCCAAGCAGAGGAGGCCCUUCAAAACCAUCUAACAAACAUUGGAGCCAGCGCCAAACCACUCUUACCAUGGAGAAUGGACUGUGAACAGUACACUGCUUUGCCAAACCUGUCAGCACUGUCAGGAAGAAGCUUCCAGGUAAUACACACAUCAGAGAACGAAUCACUAAGUUUCACAAUUACUGAACAAAUGAAUGUGCUAGUCUCAGAGAGGUCUUUUGACACAAUCCUCACGAAAAUGAGCGAUUGUUAUCAGCCAAACAAGCUCACUAGAAUCGAGGCUAAGGGAAAGAAAUAUGAAAUAGGAGAUUUUGCAAUCAAAGUUGGGAGUGUUUUCCUAGGACCUAACUUCAAAUGCCUCGUUAUAGAGGUUGAAUAUAAACCGAGCAGUUACACUAAAGACACAUUACCUCUUCUUCACGAGUUCCUAUCAAUAGUGUGCAGCAACCUAAUACCCAUACCAGAGAACUUGAAUCAGAUCACAACCCCUAUAAACACAACUUUCUACCAACUUUCAGAUACCAUUAUUCAGUAUAAGCGUGUUUUUGAUGAAUGUAGAAGGGUUAACCCUAACCUUGCUAUGUCGUGAGAUUUCAUAUUCAUUUAUCAGCUAUUCCUUGACCUGUUUUGCUUAUCAAUAACUUAUUUUUAUGUAUUUAUUUUAUUAUUUCUAUUACAGGAAACACUUUUCA